CUCACUCUUACCCUAGACACCAUUUUCCCCCCUGAGAAGAUAAAUUCUAUCAGGAAAUAAGCAAAAAAUCCAUUCCCCCAAAAAUUUCCCACCCACUUCCCUCAUUAAUCUGCCGUUUCCAGCUAUUGAUUCUUCGGUUCCAUUUCCGUCUCCGUUUCCCUUCCUUUCUUCCACUUUCCGGGAAAAUCUCUCGCCUUCCUUGAGAUCUGCAUGAUUCUGGGUUCCUAGAUUUACUCCGGCGGUUCCUCCUCGAAUCUCUUUGAAUUCCCCGAUCUGGGUUUUGUUGUGGGUUCCCCAAAUUCCAAUCCUUUCUUCUGACUGUGCGGCGUGGGGAUUAGAGAGACGUGCCUGGUAAAGCGACGGUGUUACUCCGGCGGUGAUUGUUCCUCCUUCUGCUUCUUUUGAGGGGGUAGCCGGGGCUCCGGCCUCGGCGGGUUCUAAAGCCCCCACCUUCACAAACUAUUCGAAAUCCCCCGCAAAAAAUUGUAGUUACACUCUUUACAGAGGAGACAGAUUUUUUUUCCUCUGUUCAUGGUUGGAAUUUUUAUCUUCCUUCCUUGCCUGACAUAGUUUGCUAACGGAAGAGAAAGAAAGAAACCCCAGAAGAAAGAAAUCGGUUGUCGGAACAGGAUGCCUGCUCUAGCAUGUUGCGUUGAUGCUGCAGUUGUCCCACCGGGGUACGUUUUCGGUGACGGGGAUGGCUCGCCGGUGGGAUUUACCGGUGUUCCAACGGCAACAAUCGCCGCCGCCAACUCCAUCCCAGCUCCUCCUGCAGACGUCGCCACCGCCUGGUCACCCGACCUCUCCGCCGCUCUCUACCGCGUCGACGGCUGGGGCGCUCCUUACUUCGCCGUCAACAACUCCGGCAACAUCUCCGUCCGCCCCCACGGCGGGGACACCCUCCCCCACCAGGAAAUCGAUCUGCUCAAGAUUGUGAAGAAGGCUUCGGAUCCGAAAUCCGUCGGCGGGCUCGGGCUGCCGCUUCCCUUAAUCAUCCGCCUCCCAGAUGUGCUGAAGAACCGCCUGGAGUCUCUGCAGUCGGCGUUCGAUUUCGCAAUUCAAUCUCAAAGCUACGACUCCCAUUACCAGGGAGUCUACCCUGUGAAAUGCAAUCAGGAGCGGUUCGUUGUGGAAGACAUCGUGAAAUUCGGGUCACCGUUUCGGUUCGGGCUGGAAGCCGGGUCGAAGCCGGAGCUUCUCCUCGCCAUGAGCUGCCUCUGUAAAGGAAAUCCGGAUGCCUUCCUGGUCUGCAAUGGGUUCAAAGAUGCUGAGUACAUUUCCCUCGCUCUCCUCGCGAGGAAGCUUGCCCUCAACACGGUGAUUGUUCUCGAGCAGGAAGAGGAGCUCGAUUUGGUGAUUGCUCUCAGCCAGAAGCUCUCAAUUCGCCCUGUAAUCGGCGUCCGCGCCAAGUUGAGGACCAAGCACUCCGGCCAUUUCGGCUCCACCUCUGGUGAAAAGGGGAAAUUCGGUUUGACCACGACCCAGAUUCUCAGCGUCGUGAAGAAGCUCGAGCAGGUGGGAAUGCUAGAUUGCUUCCAGCUCCUGCAUUUCCAUAUCGGAUCUCAGAUCCCAUCUACAGGCUUGCUCGCAGAUGGCGUCGGCGAAGCCGCCCAGAUCUACUCCGAAUUGGUCCGUCUCGGCGCCAACAUGCAAGUUCUUGACAUCGGUGGGGGACUUGGAAUCGACUACGACGGCACCCAAUCCGGCGACUCGGAUCUCUCCGUCGCCUACGGCCUUGGAGAGUACGCUCUCGCCGUCGUCCAAGCCGUGAAAUUCGUCUGCGACAGGAAGAACAUCAAGCACCCUGUUCUCUGCAGCGAGAGCGGCAGGGCAAUUGUUUCUCACCACUCCAUCCUCAUCUUCGAAGCUGUUUCCGCCACCGUCUCCAAAGCCGCCACCAUGACUCCGCUCGCGUUGCAGUGUUUCGUCGACGGGCUGACCGAUGACGCUCGCGCCGAUUACCGCAACCUGACAUCUGCAGCAAUGAGAGGUGAGUAUGAGACCUGCUUGCUCUAUGCUGAUCAGUUGAAACAGAGGUGUGUGGACUUGUUUAGAGAUGGAACCAUAGGAAUGGAACAUUUAGCUGCUGUUGAUGCGUUGUGUGAGUUUGUGGGGAAAGCAAUUGGUGUUGCUGAGCCUGUGAAAACUUACCAUGUGAAUCUCUCGGUGUUCACUUCGGUUCCCGAUUUCUGGGGGAUCGGCCAGCUGUUCCCGAUCGUCCCGAUUCAUAGGCUGGACGAGAGGCCUGGAGCUAGAGGGAUACUGUCCGACCUGACCUGUGAUAGUGAUGGCAAGAUAAAUAAGUUCAUCGGCGGAGAGGAGAGCUUGCUCCUUCACGAGAUUGAAGGAAAUGGUGGUGGGAAUGGUAAUGGGCCGUACUACUUGGGGAUGUUCUUGGGAGGAGCGUAUGAGGAAGCACUCGGCGGGGUACACAACUUGUUCGGUGGUCCUAGUGUGGUGCGAGUGUCGCAGAGCGACGGGCCUCACAGCUUUGCGGUGACAAGAGCCACUCCAGGCCCUUCGUGUAGCGAUGUCCUCCGCGUGAUGCACCAUGAGCCGGAGCUGAUGUUCGAGACCCUCAAGCACCGUGCUGAAGAGAUGAUGUAUGACGAUAGCAGCGACGAUGGGGAGAGCAGCAUGGAUCAUCACCAUCACCGGGGCAAUGCAGCUGUUGCCAGCUGCCUUGCAAGGUCGUUCCACAACAUGCCGUACCUGGCAGGUGCUUCGUCUUGCUCGCUGACUGCUGCUAUGGACAAUGGUGGUGGUUUCUAUUACUGCAGCGACGAGGAUGGUUAUGAUGCUGCUGCUGAUUCCGCUGUGGCCUCAGCCGAGGAUGAGCAGUGGAGCUAUGUCUGCGCUUGAGAUUCACCCACCCCCGUAGUAUCCGUUCCUUUGCUUGCUUCCUUAUGAUGCAUCUUUGAUGGUUUGGCUGGUUGUACGGAGUUGUCGAUCGGUUUCUUGUUAUUUCUUUCUUGAAUUUUUGGUUCUUUAUCUAGUAUGAAUCGAAGAAGGCAGGAGAUGCACAUUAGCAGCAGCAGCAGCAAUGUUGCUGGCUGUAGAAAGGCAGAAGAGCUUUACUUCUGUAGUUCUGUUCUGCAUUAUCCUGUUGUGUCUUCCUUAUUAGACCCUUCAUCAAGAGCUUUUUAGUCUUGAUAAUAAUAACAGUGAUAUAAGUUUAUUAAUGCUUCCAUGAACAUGGUGAUGCUUUCUUUAUCAGAAUGUUGCGAAUUGCGAUGAAACAAUUGUUCCGAGACUGUCACAGCAUGCAUCUAACGAUCGAGUUUGCGUGACUACGGAAUCAUAGGUUGGCUACUGUGAUGCCUAUAUCUUGUUAUUGUGGAGGGAUCUGGGAAGGUCCCUUUUGAUGUUGAUAAUGCACAGAUUCUGAGUCAUCUGGUUCCCAAUUGGAGUGAUCAUCAUCCCCUUUUUUACUUUUGCUGAAAUUGAGGGGUUUAGAGGCAAGGCGGCAAUGGAAUUAGGGUUUACGAUGGUGUGUAGGGCCUUAUACAUGAACAAGAUUCUGCAAAUCAAAACCCUUUUUUAUAACGGUAGGGUUUGUCUUGUUGUGUAUGGGUUGAUUAGGGCUGACGGCAUCUCAGCAAGUUGCGGUGAGAACUUUGUGGUGGCGCCGUUAGCAGGGCUGACUGGUGAGCAAAUUUGGUCCGCAAAACCUUUCUUGUGGUGGAGAGAGCUCAAACAGGUGCAGUGCCCACAUUCCUUUGUGGCUUGAUUGCAUAAAUCAUCAUUAAACUUUGUCAUCCGUGACAAAUCGAUCACUGAAUUCAUAUUUUCGACAGGGAGAUCACGGGGUUUGAAAUAACGUAACACAAUAGGGGUUUCAUCAAACCUUUUUGUCCAUAUAAGCAUGUUAGACCCACCAACAAGCUAGUGGUUGGAGAUACAUAGACGAGCUAUUUCAUAUAGUUUAGAUGAUAUUUUGAUAAAUCGAGGAGUAUGAUGCUAGUUGUAAUUGAGUUGAUGAUGAUAGCUUGUUGCAUUGUAUAUGUAUCUAUGGUCAUUCGAUCUUUAACUUGCUUGAGUUGAUGCAUCAACCUUGAAAUUAUGCACAAGAAACUUGACGGCCAAAGUGAGUGUUGUUGUAUUAGGUUUUCGCUAACCAUAGUUGAAAACUUUUGCUAAAGUCAAAGCUGAGUGAUCAAUUUGUUAGGUACCGAAAAUUUGGAUACCAUUUGCGUAAUUAACCCAUUCCUCCGAAGUUCAAAGGAUAGGAAAGCAUUGCGAGGCGAAUUUUGAAACGCACAAAAGAAUUGGUGUCCACAGAGAAAGUUUUCCAGGUGGUGCCAAUUGGCUUUCAACAGAAGACAGCUGUUGUAAGUUCAUCGAGGAACAUGUUAAGAACACAAAACUCUCUAAUCUUUUGGGCUAGUUUUCCUUCAAGGCCAUAACUUUUUCCCUUUUAUAUGCAUUCUUUCUUGUUAAUUGUUAUAGAUUAAGAGUAAAAAGAUGUAAGAUGAUAUACUCUGCCUAACUUCUUGAAAAACAUGGCAACAAAGAAGGACAGAGAGACCAAAAGGCCACAAAAGUAGCAAUUAGAAGAACAAAAUAGGGAUUUGAGAGGGAUAAAUUAAACGAUUAUUUGAUCAAUUGUUUACUGGAUAAUUUUUAAAAAAAUAAUUAAAGUACUUUAUGUACACUCGUACUCUGAAUUCUGAUCGACUUAAACACGAUAGAGUACUAAACUAUCGUUCAACCGCUAAUCGUUACUCAUCAUAAAUAAACCCAAACAAACCCUUUUAUGAAUAAUUAGUUAGUUUAUGAAAUUCCGAGUCAGCUGAGGGUUAAUACAAACAAAUUGGUUUAAGAAUGAAGAACACCACUUUUUCACAUUCUUUGACAUGCUUAGAAGGGUAAUCAAAGAAUCCCAAAUUGGAUACUUCCAAUUUUCGUUUAUGGUGCAAAGUUGAUUCCUUUUGGGAUCUCUUCUUUUGGUUAUAUAAAUUCGGAUCCAAUGUCCAAAGAUCUCUCUACUACAAGUCCACUUCUUACUCAACAAGUUGAUGAUUCCCCUUUUUUGCUAUGUAGGUGCUUAAAGAGGUCCGUUUGAAAACCAUACCUAAAUAGUUCUAGCAAUAUUGAAUUGGUUAAAUAAAAGAUCCGACAUUCUAGACUGAUUACUUGUACAGUAAGAUGGUACUUUAAAAAUCUUGAACAAGCAAAAUCAAGUAAUUGGCACAACAGAACAUCUUCUGGUGCAUUAAUUCUGUAAAUUAAGGAACCCCUUUUCACGCACCAAGCAACUUGAUUCAUGUACAUUCAGCCUCUAAUCAGUAUGCUUUUACGAUAGAGUUCAUAAAAACUUAUCAUGCCGUUCUUUAUACGCGCUCCCAUCAAUACUUUCAUGCCCAAUGUGUCAAUGGUAGGGUAAAGGAACCGAGUGGUGCUAGCAACCAAUCGUGAUGGACUCGUGGCACUUCAAACCCUCGUUUCUACCCAUUUGCAUCGCUGAUCAGACUUUGACGACGCAAACGAGAAUACUCACCCAGGAAAUCUUAUAUUGGAAAUUAUUAUUAAUUUGAUAAAGCUAGGUAGAUUGAUUGGCAUAUCCUGCUGCUACCUGUACACAUUUGACUGAAUCGUAUCUCAUCACAAUCAUUCAAUGAUUUAAUAAAUGGAGAGUGGUUGGAUUCAAUUGAAUGCCUUAGCCGUUUUCCUUAUGAGAUUCCAUGGAGAUAAGGUGAUGAGAGUGAGAGAGCAGGUGGCGCCCUGGCCGGUCGUUUGUUGGGUAACGUAUGGAUGGGAAGACGAAGCUACCUUUGCCUACAAACUCUUCUGUUGUUAAUUGUUUUAUAUUAUACACAUAUCGAACCCCUGAAUUCCAGCUUAAUCAUAGGAUUAUGUCUGCUUGAUAUUGCUAAUCAUCAUGGUUUUGGAGGCUUAAUUCUUUGUGUUUGUUUGACUGUCGUUGGUUGGCUUCACAAAUCACCACAUGUCUGGUUUAGGCAGGAAUCUGUCCCAAGCUCAUUUUGGUAAUCACUUGCUUUAAUGAAUGCCUAUUGAGAAGAUAGAAGCUUCUCUCUGUUUUUUUUUUAAUGAUUAUUGGGGAAUAUUGGAGACAGGAUAUUCUGCCAAUCUUAUAUGGUUAACACCAUACUAAUAAUGAGUUGUAGUAAUUCGUGUCGGAGUUGCAGCCUUGCAAUAAACAAUGAAUGCAACG